GCGACGUGUGCGGGCGGGCAGCAUGGCGGGGACGCUGGAGCCGCACCUGGAGGCGCUGCGGCGGGAGCUGCCGGCGCCUGGCCCCGCCGUGCUCUCUGUCCUGCUGGCGCUCCUCGCCGUCGCCAUCACCUUCCUGAUCUGGAGGUUCGUGCAAGGCAGGAGGAGCAGCCGGAAGGCGGUGCUGCUGCUGGGCCUCUGCGACGCGGGGAAGACGCUGCUGUUCGCGCGGCUGUUGACAGGAAGGUACCGCGAUACCCAGACUUCGAUAACCGACAGUUCUGCAGUUUACAGAGUCAGCAACGACAAGAGCGCUAACGUCACCUUAAUCGACCUCCCGGGCCAUGAGAGUUUGCGGCUUCAGUUCUUGGAGAGGUUCAAGGCUGCAGCCAGAGCCAUCGUGUUUGUGGUGGACAGUGUGGCCUUCCAGCGGGAGGUGAAGGAUGUGGCAGAGUUCCUGUACCAGGUCCUGGUCGAUAGCACCGUGCUCAAAAAUGCACCCGCGCUGCUGAUCGCUUGCAAUAAGCAAGAUGUCACAAUGGCAAAAUCAGCAAAACUUAUUCAGCAGCAACUGGAAAAAGAGCUCAAUACCUUGCGAGUGACCCGCUCUGCAGCUCCCACCAGCCUGGAUGGCUCAGCCACUGGGGGCCCUGCCCAGCUGGGGAAGAAGGGCAAGGACUUCGACUUCUCCCAGCUGCCCAUGAAGGUGGAAUUCGUGGAGUGCAGUGCUCGGGGCAGCAAAGGAGAGGAGGGAGAUGCUGACUGCGAGGGCCUCGAGAAAUGGCUGGCCAAGAUCGCCUGAAUGGAGAAGGACAGGGCUGGAGGGAGAGACCUGGGGAGGCUGGGGGGGCAGGACACCUGGGAACUGAAAGGAAGAAGAUGGUCUGAAACACUCAAACCUCAUCUUGCUGUAAAAAGAAGAAACUUAAGCUGGAGACCAGCAUUGUGUUAUAUUCCUCUGCUGCUCCUGGGCUUGGGAGCAACAUGACACAAUUGCUGGUGUGAUUUUCCUCUGACUGUCCCUAUCACGCUCCAACAUUUUUUUUCCUCUCCCCUCUUCCUUUGUCUUCCCCUGGGAUGCUGACUUUCUGGGCUUCUCUGCUUCCUUAAUCUUUAGGCUUUUCAUUUGGUAACUGGCAGCCACAUUAGGAAGGAGUGAACUGCCAGGUGACUUUUAGAGACUGGAGUCUGCGUGUUGUCUUCUGCCUGGGUUUAGCAUUGCAAGUCUGUUACCUCUCGGAGCUGCUGAUAACCUCCUGAUUUGGGACACAUUUCUUUCCCCAACCUCUCGCUGCUUGGGAGCUCUGUGUGCAUUGUCUCUGCUGCUCCAGCAGAGCUCACAGACUCUCUCUGUUUGGCAAUCAUUGAGGAGAGUAUAAAAAGCUGUUUUCUUCUGUGUCUUCUCCCUUCCUGUUCUACCCACCCGGUGCAGUCCCAUUUCUGUGGGACACUGCUUGUCUCUUUUGCUGUGUCUUUGGGUGAUUCCUGCUGUUGACAGUUCUUGGGAGCUUUUCUUUAACCUAGGGCUACGUCCUGAAAGCUUAUUUCACUCCUCCCUCCCAAACUUCAGGCUCUUCUCCCACAGACAUCUAUGCACACUCUCCAAGUAGCAGAGUUACAGUAAGGCCUUAGCUUGAAAGGACGAGGCAGGCAUGUUUUUAGAUGUGUACCUACAUUACGUGUGAGAUCUGGUGUGAUCAUUUGCUCUGCCUGCCUGCCUCCUGCUCCAGUGACUGCUGUAAGCUCUUCUUGUGUGUGCAAUUAGCCAGCAGUGGUGGCAAAGUGAGAGGGAAAGUCAAGUCAAGGAGCUGCUGGGGAUCACAGUGGAUUCUUCCUCCUGAGGAAGAUGCUCAAUGAGGAGGAAGGAGAUGAGACCCUGGUGCGAUGCUGGGUGUUCAGCUUCCCCUUCCUGAGCAGCCUUAAAACACCUUUGCCCUGCCCAGCAGCUUCGUGUGGCUUUGUGCUCUGGUGGGCUGCCAUUUCUGUGCAGCACCUGCGUGAGGGUGAUUGCUCUCCAGGAUGCCACACUGCAAAUUGUGACAUCCUAUGACAGUGACAAUUUUCUUUCUGUUUCCCCUUAUAUCUUGAGGUAGGAGGGAGUGGCUGGCUCCUGGUAGACCUUUUCUGUCCUUUUCAGGCUCAUCUCCUCUCUGGUUUGAUGUUUCCUUCAUCACUCACCUGAUCUGUUGUGUUCUUUCCCUGGGUCAUCCUCUGCCUCGCUGUAGCAUUGCCAAGUGUUAGUAGUGUUGGGAAGAGCAACAGCAGUCUUUAGUGAAGACUGUGCUCCUAAUGAAGCUGGGCCUUGCAUUUCUAGUCUUGUGAACCCCAUGGCUCUUCUGCUGUCCGUGCAGGAGGUGGGGAGGGUUAUAUUUGCCAAGUAUGUUAUAUUCUUGCAUUUCCUGCAGCCAGAGUACUGUUGGUACAUGUUUGUCAUGCUUUGAACUCCUUUAGCUGGAGCGCCUUCCUGCUUUGAAUCUGUAAUGAGGGAGAAGUUGCUGUUUCUUUGGCUGGUUAUUCUGCUUGCAAAGACCUGUCUCCUUGGAAAGCAGAGGCCAAGCACCAGCCUCUCCUGGGCUAAGGAGGGGAGGUAGCAUGAGGCCGUGGUUAGGUUUAAGUUAUUCUUAUUAAAAGUAUCCCUUCAUAGAAUU